CGCGGCCGGCAGGGUCGCCAGCUCGCGCUGUCCUUGCGGACGCGGUGCGGACGGCGCAGAGCCGAGGCGCGCUUGGGAGCGAACGGCCGUGUUCCGAGGAGAGCGGAGGCCGUGGGCUCCUCAGUAUGCUGUGUCGGGCGGCGUGCAGCGCGGGCAGGAGGCUGGCCCCGGCGGCGGGUGCCGCGGGCUGCCGCCGGCACAAGCACAGCCUUCCCGACCUGCCUUACGACUACGGCGCGCUGGAGCCGCACAUCAACGCGCAGAUCAUGCAGCUGCACCACAGCAAGCACCACGCGGCCUACGUGAACAACCUGAACGUCACCGAGGAGAAGUACCGCGAGGCCCUGGCCAAGGGAGAUGUGACGACUCAGGUUGCCCUUCAGCCUGCACUGAAGUUCAAUGGUGGGGGACAUAUUAAUCAUAGCAUUUUCUGGACAAACCUGAGCCCUAAAGGAGGUGGAGAACCCAAAGGAGAGUUGCUGGAGGCCAUCAAACGUGACUUUGGGUCUUUUGAGAAGUUCAAGGAGAAGCUGACAGCUGUGUCUGUUGGAGUUCAAGGUUCAGGCUGGGGCUGGCUUGGCUUCAAUAAGGAGCAGGGUCGCCUACAGAUUGCUGCCUGCUCUAACCAGGACCCAUUGGAAGGAACCACAGGCCUUAUUCCACUGCUGGGGAUUGACGUGUGGGAACAUGCUUAUUACCUUCAGUAUAAAAACGUCAGACCUGAUUAUCUGAAAGCUAUUUGGAAUGUGAUCAACUGGGAGAAUGUCACUGAAAGAUACACAGCUUGCAAGAAGUAAAGCCUUAUCAUCAUAUUGAGUAUGUUAGGCCUCGAUGGCUAUUUUUGUAGUAGUAUAGAGUACUGCAGUAACUAUGACUGCUUUAUUGUAACACUUAUUGAUGUGCAUCCACAUAUUUGAUGAACAUAAUUUCUUACUUUUAAUUAAAUUUAUUAUUAGGCAACUGUUUGAGAACAGUGUAUACUCUGUGUGAAUUACUCUUGAUUGACAUUUUCAUUAAAGCCUUGUUGCUAGGAUGCUGUAACUGUCAUUAUAAGACCAUCAGAAAUAUUCCUUCUCUGUUUUGGGGGCCUGUGAGAGAGUCUGGAAUCCUGUUCUACUGCAGUUAGAAAAAAAAUGGAGUUUUUUUUUGUUUUGUUUUGUUUUUUCCUGAGUUGUUAAUAAAACAGAGAAAUGAAUAGUUCCCUUUUCUAUUCAAAAUCGCUCUUUUGGUAAGUAGUCCUCUGUUCAGAGGAUGUCACGUGGUGGUCCUUAUAAUUAUUAAUUUCCCAUUCAUUUGAAAUCUGUAAUUGGAGGCUAAGGGUAUAGGUCAGUGGUAGAGCCUUGUCUGUGCUGGGAAGGCCCCAGACUCUACCUCAGUACUGAAAACAAAUCAUCAGACCUCCUAGCUUGGUUCCUGACUGAGAACUGUUUAUUAUGAGAGGAGUGUGAUUGUGCCUCUGGGGUUCUCUACAGGCAGAGAUGCAAAAACAUUCAAUAGUGUCUUUAAAAACCAACUGUGUAUUGUGUGAAAGUGCUCAAGAUGGACAAUUUAGGGCCUGCUUGAUGAUGUCAACCACGGGGACUAGGCCACAGGGGAUUCUGGGAAACCAUUCAGUCCCCUUAAUUAUAUAUCUCAAAACUAUACCCUGGGCCAGAUGGCACCUUUCUCAGUAGAGGCGAAUAGAUUUCUGAGUGAGGUCGGUAGGUGUCUCCCUGAGAACUUUAGUUUUCAGAGACAUUUAUUUUCAUUUUUUUCUGUGUGUUUCAAGAAUUUAUAUUUACCAGAGGGGCUUUAUAUUAUUCAAUAAAGGGACGGCCUUUCCAUGACAAGGUGGCACAGUGUUUCUGACUGUUCCUGUGCACAUGGAGUUGUACACUGGAAAUGCCACAGGGCCCUUGAUGAAUUUCACAGUUUGUCUUCUCACGUUUCCUCUCGCCACCUUCCAGUCUCAGUGACCAUGUCAUGUUUUAUCAGUUGGACACGCACGCCGUUUAGAGUUCUAUCCUGAACAGUCCAUUUGUGUUUAUAAUAAAAAGACUGGUCAACAACCCCUGCAUGCAACUUUUACUUAUUGGAGUAUUUUUUUUAAGAUUUAUUUUAUUUUUAAUUAUGUGUGUCUGUAUAUGUCUGUUCAUAUGAGUGCAGAUGCCCAUGGAGGCUGGAAGAGAUUUUUGGAUCUCUUAGAGCUGGAGUAGUUAGAGGUGGCCUUGAGCCACCUUAUGCGGGUACUUGGACUCGAACCAGGAUCCUUUGCAAGAGCAGUAAGCACUUAGCCAAUCUCUCCAGCCCCGGAUUUUUUUGUUUGUUUGUUUUGUUUUGAGACAGGGUUUCUCUGCAUAGUUUUGGUGCCUGUCCUGGAUCUUGCUCUGUAGACCAGACCGGCCUCAAACUCACAGAGAUCUGCCUGGCUCUGUCUCCCGAGUGCUGGGAUUAAAGGCGUGCGCCACCACUGCCUAGCUGGAUUUUUUUUUUUUAUUGAGUUUUUCUUAAGUCUAUUCAGUAAUUUGUCCCAAGUUUAUUUUUUAAUUCUCCCUUUGAGUAUAUUCCCCCCCCUUUUUUUUUUUAAAUGGGAAAAAUGGAGUAACUUAGCAGUUUCAAUAUUGAAGACUGAAGUUAAAAAAAUACUUAAAUUCAAAGCACUUUUUAAGAAUUUGCUGUAGAAGCUGGUCAGGUGUUUUGAAUGUCAAGGCUGCUCUGUCCUGAUGGCUCUUUGUUUAUUCUUGUGCAAGGCAGGACUUAGAAGGCUAGGACAGUGACAAGGCUGAGCACACGGGAGUCACGUGGUUACCACUCACCUUCCUUUACAAGGCAGUGAACUCUUAAACCUUAGGAAAGUGGGACUUUGAUGGAAUGACUCCAGUACAAGUCUGUUAGGUCAGUUUGUCUUGAAGUACCAGAUUGCAGGGACUACUGACUUUAUACAACUUUGACUCCUACUAAGUCUUUCAGAUUUUAAAAAAAUUCAAUGUUGAAAUUUCUACGAGGCUCUAUUUUUGCUGUGGUUUUCUGUUGUCGAGAAUGAGGAAUCACACUGUGUCUGUUAAGUUAAAGUCUUCUCCCCAAUGCAUAGAUUUUAAGAGACCAAGAGAAUUUACAAACUAAAGACUGACUUAAAUCAUCCAGUGGAAAAUGAGGCUUAGAUGAUUUAGCUCUGUCUUUUUAAAAGUAGAGACAAGUAAAUUGACAUUUCUUCUGAAAGGAAUAUGUGAAAUGUGCCAGGUGGUGGCGGCACUUGUCUUCAAUCCCAGCACUUGAGAGGUAGAGCAAAUACCACGUCGGGCAAGGCUGCCCAGAGAAACCCUGUCUUGGAAAAAGAAAAACACCAAGAAACAAAACAAAAUAAGUGAAAUGCAUAUUGUUCAUCUGGGAAGAAAGGGGAGAGAGAGAGAGAGAGAGAGAGAGAGAGAGAGAGAGAGGGAGAGAAUAUGUGUGUGUCUGUGUGUGUGAGACUAAAUCAACAGUGUGUGCUCCAGUCAUGGUUGGACUCGACAAACAUUAACAUGAUUAGCACCAGAGAGAAACAAGCAAAGUAAGUAUUUUCUCUGAGGUAGUAUCUGCUGCUUGAACUAUUGUGUGUUAAACUUUGGAGUUUAGAAAUUGCCUUAUGGCAUCUCAAUUUCUUGGUCUAAAGUGAGAUCUGAAUUUCUGUUAAACACCUUUAUAAAAAGUAUCUAAGCCAUAUAAUCAGGACUGAUGUGUGUUGUGUGUGAGUCAUAUCUAAAACUAAAUUAUAAACACUGGCCUGUUGUAAUUACAGUUAAUCUACUAUUAGGAAAGCUGUUAGGUAUAUUUUUAAAUAAAUUACAGCAAAGCACUAGCUAUCCUGCUGAUCCCAGCGAGCUAACAUUCGUCUUCUGAACAUCAUAUCUGGUACCUGCUGUAGAACCUGUAAGGUCCUGGGUAGUUUGCAUUUAAUUAUUGGUCAAAGAAGCAUUUAUUUUCCUAUUGUAAGUGCAAAGUGUUUUUGAUUAUUAAUAAAAUCUGUCAACUAUCAA